AUGCCAAACGGUCGAUCGGCCUAUUGGCCGAUUGACCUAUCCUUUGACACUGCAGUCGCCCGUUUGGUCGGAGUGGAGGCCACGCAAGCGGGCACUACCCGUGCGAUAAGUACGGAUUGGAUUUUGGAUUACUUAAAUCAUAAUAUACUGUUCGUAACCACCGAUGAUAUGGUUUGGGGUCAUAAUAUGUGGGGACAGUUGGGUAGAGAUGUGACACCAAAAGGGGCUUAUUUAAAAGCCGAGAGAAUAUCGUAUUUCGAUGAAAAAGAUGUCCAACAAAUCAGUUGUGGUUUUCAACACUCACUGGCCCUCACAUCCAAUGGACAGGUUUAUGGGUGGGGACGUAAUAUUAAGGGACAGAUUGGUUGUGGAGACAAACAAAAUGAUAAUUUUGAUGAAAAAGAAGUGCAAAAUCUGGUGAAUGUUAGAUCAGAAUAUGUGGUCAGAUAUUACCACUCAUGGACUGAACCGGAUUUUGGUUACAUUCAGAUGGAGUUGUGUUCACAAAGUCUACGGAAUAUACUUGAAGUCAAACAUACAAUCUUAGAAUGCGUUCAAUACUUGCAUGGAUUGGAUCCACAGAUGAUUCACAGAGACCUCAAACCCGACAAUAUAUUGAUUGCACACAACGUAAGGAACGGUAGAUUUGUUAAGUUAUGUGACUUCGGUUUGGCUACAGUUCACGACAAACGCAUUCACUACAGGACUACACGUAAACAUACGGCAGAUAUUGGGGACAUGAGAUAUAUGGCCCCUGAAAUUGGUCAGGGUGAAAAAUACGGCCUUAAAAUUGGAAUCAUAGGCCGGGAUGUAGUGAAGUGUUGCAGAAUUAUAAGGAGUGGUCUAUCGAUAGAGAUAUUCUCACGAAUCGCACGGAAUUUGACGAAACAUUGA